UGUUCAGUCGCUGCGCGCCUGGCUGGGGCCAUUUCUCUGACACAAAGCCUGGCAAGUUCCUGUUUUGCUGCUGUUUUGCCACGUCCUGCUGGUUCAUGUGGUUCAGUACCCACCUUUUGGGCGAUGUGCAGCCGGCUGUGAGCGGAUAGACCCCGCCUGGAUGCUGGGAGCCCCCUCCCAUCUCUGCCUCUGCCUGAGCUGCACCGGCAGCUGCUGGAGAGGCAGCGCCCAGCCCACCUGCGGGGCUGUCUCUGCUCUGGUGCCUUCCCUGUGUGCUGGGGAGAGCUGUGUGCGUGGCAGGGCUCUGUGAGGUGUGCAGGGCUUCAGGGAAUGCUUGCUGUUAGCAGGCAGGUUUGCAAAGCCUGGAUAGUUGAGCAAAGCCCUGAAGCCCCAGGAUCCUAUCUGUGCUGUCCCCCUUGGAAGGAGUGUCCUCUCAUCCCUGGGGAUAAACCGGGUCUGCCCAUUCGUGAUGCUGAAUCUGGAAACUCCACAAGCUUUCUGUUCCCUCUCCUGAGAUACUCCCCUGAACACAAUCCAGCAAAUCCAUCUCCUCUCCAAAAUGCUUGUUUCUGUCUGGAACUGCCUCAGCAAAGCUCAUAAUGGCUCCUGGCCUGAGCCUGCACAGUGCAGGACCUCUGGGGUUCUGCUGGAGUGCCAUGACAGAGGCAGCCAGUUCAUGACACACUCCUCUUCCUGCCACUCACUCACAUUUCACAGGGCUGUGACCCCCGUGGGCUCACAUCUCCCUGAGCCCUGCAGGGGGGCGGGCAGCAACCCGAACCUGGCGGCUGGGGUUUCAGAGCCUGGGCAGGGCAGCUGUGCUCACCUCCUCAUCUGUGCUGUGCCCUAGCAGAGAGAGCUGUCCCCAGGGCAGGCAGGCAAGGGAUGCAAGGGCUCUGGGCAAGGUGAGCUGCUCCCCCUGCCCAGCAGCUCUCUGUGCCUCUCCCUGCCAGCUCUUGUCCUGCUGUGCCGGAGGCUGUUGCCAUGACCCUCACCAAAGGCUCCUUCACCUACUCCAACGGGGAGGAGUACCGCGGCGAGUGGAAAGAAGGUCGCAGGCACGGCAUCGGGCAGCUGACGUUUGCUGAUGGCACUGCCUAUGUGGGGCACUUUGAGAACGGGCUCUUCCAUGGCUGUGGCGUGCUCACCUUCUCCGACGGCUCCAGGUACGAGGGGGAGUUUGUGCAGGGCAAGUUCAAUGGCGUCGGGGUCUUCACCCGCUGUGACAACAUGACCUUCGAGGGCGAGUUCAAAGGCGGGCGCGUGUAUGGCUUCGGUCUCCUGACCUUCCCUGAUGGCUCGCACGGCGUGCCCCGCAAUGAGGGGUUCUUUGAGAACAACAAGUUGCUGCGGCGGGAGAAGUGCACGGCCAUCAUCCAGAGGGCCCAGGGCGCCUCCAAGUCUGCCCACAGCCUGACAGCGUGAGGGUGCCUGCAUCCCCUCCCACCAGAGCAGGGACGCCCUGCUUGGGCACUGGCUGGCCCUGGAGAAGGGAUGUGGCACUGCUGGGUGCCUCCCUGCCCUUCGUCCCCUCCAAGCAUCCUCCUGCCAAACCCCUGCCGCUGGAGGGGAUGGGACCCUCCGCUCUCCACCCAAGUGCCCUGGGGCAGCCGUGGUGCCUUCUCUUUCUGGCUGUAGCCCUGGCACCUGCUGGAGCAGCAGAAGGACAGGGUGGCAGGGGCUUGGCCCCUCUUCCCCCCAGGAAGACUGUGGACCACUACAGCUGCUAGCCAGCUGCAGAGGAUGGAGCAGGGGGUAGAGGCUGGUCCCUGACCCCACUGCCAGGGUGCCUUGGCUGGAAGCUGCUGACUGAACCACCUGCCCCCAGAGGGGCAGCUCCUGGCUCACUUUGUUGCCCUGGUCCUGGAGGCAGGGUGGGCACCCCGGGCAUGCUGUGGCCUGCACCCUCAACUCAGGGUGACUGGCCAUCCCCCUGCAUGCCCAGGGUACAGUGACACUGUGUCCCCAAAGAACCCAGCCUGCUCUCAGGCCAGCCAAUGGGCUGUGUUCCCCUCAUCCCUGUGCCAAUCCAUCCAUCCACCCACUGCCUUGGGGACACCAGCAGCGCAUCCCCACCAAGAGCGACUGGGGAAUGCCCAGCCUGGUGCAUCUGCUGCACACUGGUGAGGAUGGCAGCAAUGGUGAGCAAGGAGAAGGGUCAGCCGGAGCCUGGAGUGAGGACUGAGCAGGGCUGCAUGGAGUGCCGGGGCUGGAGCAGGAGGCCUGGGCAGAGCGGGGAUUGAGGUAUGGUGACGGGGCAGGCAGGGGGCACACAGUUCCCCAUUUUGCCACCCACAAGCAUCCUUCACCUCCCCACUGCAUGCUCACCUUCACCCCCGGUGCAGUCUGGCUGGCUGUGGCACAGGGCUCCCAGCAGCCCUCACUGCCCAGUGCAGGGGCUGUGCCUCCCUGCCAGCCUCUGCCCACACCGGGCCCCGUGCCUUGCUGUGACCCUGCCUUGUGCUACUGCCUGCACAGGCCUCAGCUGAGUAAACCAUGUUGCCAAA